GAAGUCUCUUUCUCCCCUUCACUGUCUUCUCUUCUUCCCAUUCCUCUUUUAAGCCACAGCACUGAAGCAACUUGUCGCCGCAGCACAACACAACGUCGCCUGCCCUCAACCUUGCGCUGCUCAUCGAAGCCGCAUCACUGAAGCAACUUGUCGGUGCUCCUCGCUGUUGUUGUUUCCUGGGUUGUUAAGCAAUGGCAAAGAGAGGAAGGAAUCAAAAGAAGGAUAACAGGAACUCUAAACCAAGUUCUCGUCAUCGAUAUGUUCACCCAGAAGACAUGCAGGAUGAAAUUGAUGCUUUUCACAAGCAGAGGGAUAUUAUUCCACUGGAUUUAAACGAUGAUGAUGGGGAAUCAAUUGAUGAUGAAGAGGAGCCAGUUUUUGAUGAUGAGGAUAUUGAUGAUGAUGAUGAUGAUGAGGGUGAUGAUGAGGAUGAUGAUGAAGAUGAUGACGAUGCUCAGGAUACUCAAUUUGCUGCAAAAAUCAGAAAGCAACAAAAAUAUUUCAAAGAGAAAUUUGGUGCAAUUGAUGAUGAAAUUCAUGAUGAUGAGGAAGUAAAUGAUGUAGACAAGAAGGAAGUAUGGGGUGUGAAAAAACCACAGUACUAUGGCGGUCACGACUAUGAGGGAGACUCAAGUGAUGAUGAGGCACUUAAAGAAGAGGAGGAAGAGAUUUUGAGAAUGCAGAGGGAAAAGUCAAAGAAUUUAUCCAUGGAAGACUUUGGGCUUGAAAAUUUUGGUGAUGAUGAGAGCAAUAGGGAAUUAACCAUGGAGGAACUUUCAGUUAAAGGAAAAAGCAAAGCAAAAGAUUCAUUGCUCAAAGAAGUUGUGGAUAAUGUGGAGACUUUUGAGGUUCGAAAGGAUUUGAAUGCUUUGUCUAGAGAGGAACAAAUGGAAGUUGUGUAUAGUUCUGCGCCAGAAUUAGUAGGUUUGCUUUCUGAGCUAAACGAUGCACUUGAAGAACUUGAAAGUAGAGUUAAUCCUCUAUUAAGCAUGGUUAAAAUGGGUGGAAUUAUACUGGAAGGUGGAGUACGCUAUUUGGAGGUGAAGCAGCUUCUGUUACUGUCCUACUGCCAAGCCAUAACAUUCUAUCUUCUUCUCAAGUCUGAAGGACAUCCAGUCCGUGAUCAUCCUGUUAUAGCUCGUCUUGUAGAGAUCAAGGGCUUAUUAGAUAAGGUGAAACAGCUUGAUGGGAAUCUUCCAUCAGAAAUUGAGGAGUUUCUGAAGAAAAAUUCUGAGGCUGAAACAGAGAAAAAUAAAAUCACUGGGAGUGUUGCACCUGCACUUGCAUCUGAAUCUGUCAGAAAAGAUUAUAGCUCUUUUCUUGCCUCAGCUGAACCUGAUGCAAAAGAACCAGCGGAGCGUUGUAGCACUCAUGAGUUGGUAAAAAAGGAGGCUUCAGAGGAUCAUGUGAACAAAGAGAAAAAACAUAAACGCAAGAUUGAUCAAGUUGGUUUCCAAAGCAUGGAAAUGUUAAAAGCAAGAGCUGCACUUGAAGAAAAAUUAAAACAGGAUGGAGUUUUUAGUUCCUUUGCUCCAAAGCUUAAGAAAGCAAAGAAACGUGCAAAAUCAGUGGAUGGACAAUUUCAAACAUAUGAUGAUUUCGAUGAUGAUACUUUAGAUGCUGAGAAAGGAAAUCAUGGAUUGAGAAUGUUGAGUUCAAAUAAACUCUCACAGCUUGUUUCUGCUAAACCAAAUAAAUCGAAGGUCAUUUCUGGUGAUGAUGAUGUACCUAAGAGAGAUGACAUUGGAGAAAGAAGAAGGAAACAUGAGCUCAAAGUGUUGGCCGGUGCUGGAAUCAAGUCUGAGGAUGAUGCUGUAAAUGAACUUGGUGCACUUGAGACUGAUGAAGCCUCUGACAUGGAGGAGGAUGGUGAUGCAGGAGUUUCAGAAGAUGAAUUCUACAAAGAAACAAAGGAAAAGAGGGAUGCAAAAAUAGCCGCUAAAGCUAAAAUCUAUAAAAGGAACCCAACAGUCCCAUCUUUGCCUGAAAUCGUUGAUGGAAAACGGCAAAUCACUUACCAGAUUGAGAAGAACAAAGGUCUGACCCGUCCACGGAAAAAAGACUUGAAAAAUCCAAGGAAGAAAUACAGGACAAAGCAUGAUAAACAAGUGAAAUGACGUAAAGGAUAAGUGCAGCAGAUCAAGAAACCUAUUGGUCCUUACGGUGGCGAAUUGUCUGGAAUCAACACAGGAAUUAGUCGAAGCAUCAGAUUUUGAAACGAAGUUGCAUGUUGCUUUUGCAACUAAUUCUGUUUGACAAUCAGAAAAGAUUUGCUGGAUCAUGUAUCAUUCAAGUCUUUUCAUACUGAAAUCUCCAACAUGGCUGCAUAUCUUCUUUAGGGGAAAUGUGAAACUUGGUUUUUUCAGUCUCACUUCCCUUGUAUCAGAAUACUUAAAAUUCAAGUGGUAGUGUCAUUUAGUAGAUAUUAUCUUCAGCUUAUUUUGUGAUGACAGCUUAUGCAGGGGUAUGAAAAUUUUGUUUGGCCAUCUCUUGGGUAAUCAGAAUAUUUGAAGACAA